GCUAAGCGUGGGCAGGAGACAGGCGGGCGCGCGCUCCUUCUCCCCCUCCCGCAUCUGGCGGGGCUGUACCGAGGAGGUGCGUUUCCCUGCCAGACCCACGCCCCAUCGCGGAACCUAAGCGCCACCCCGGGACCGACCGCCGGAUGAGCGAGGACACUAAACGCAGCAGCUCAAGCAACGCCCCUCCGCCGCUCGGCCCCGGCCGAGCAGCCCUGGAAGCGGAAGUGGGGUGCCUGCCGCGGUGCAUUGUGGGCAGCGGCGGUUGCUGUGGAGUUGGAGCUGAAUGAACCUGCCGCGGGGAAGAGGCUGUGGGAGCCGCUGAGUGGGAAGGAGCCGCAGCCGCCUGGCUCCAGCUCUGUCAGGCAGCGCCGCCAUGUCCUACAACAAGAUCCCGCCGCGCUGGCUGCGCUGCCCCAGGAGGGGGCAGCCGAUGGCAGGGAAGUUUUUGCCUUUGAAGACAAUGUUAGGACCAAGAUACGAUGAGCAGGUUGCUGAAGAGAAUCGCUUCCAUCCCAGUAUGCUGUCCAACUAUUUAAAGAGUCUGAAGGUUAAAAUGGGUUUGUUGGUGGACUUGACGAACACCACUAGAUUCUAUGAUAGGAAUGAUAUAGAAAAAGAAGGGAUCAAAUAUAUAAAACUUCAGUGUAAAGGGCAUGGUGAGUGCCCUACACCUGAGAACACAGAAGCGUUUAUCCGCCUAUGUGAACAUUUUAGUGAUAAGAAUCCUUCAGAGCUUAUAGGUGUUCAUUGUACACAUGGGUUCAAUCGAACUGGUUUUCUUAUCUGUGCCUUUUUGGUUGAGAAGUUGGAUUGGAG